UUGGCUUUGGCUCCGGGAACACAAACCGGCGGCUUUCACAAGCCUCCGCUUCUCCUCGUUUUUUUUUUCUUUCCUUUUUUGCUGUUUUUUUGUUUGUUCGCUUUCUUCUUUUUCUACUCUUCUCGCAAUUUCGUCCUCUGGGUCUCUUUUAGUAUCCGCCAAAAUCAUCAGGAAGAAGGAAGAACUGAAACAGAGCCUUCGUCCACUUUACUGUUCAAUCUGUCUUUGCCCCUCGCGAGGAAUUUGUGUCUGUUCGUAGAUUCUAUUCUCCAGUAAUCGUGCUCUUCGGCUGUAGUGCUGAAAAAUCUUCCUGGGUUUUGUUGUGAAACGGCUUAUGUUUCAAAACCCUUGACCCACCCUUCCAAUAGGGUUUUUGUGGGGCUUUGGGAAGCUGAAAGGAUUGCAAAGCAAAGCAUAAUGAACCGAAACUUCCCCGAGGUUCAGGCACCUCUCGGUGUCCUGAAAGGCAUAAGCUUCAGUAUUUCGAACUAUACAGAUAUAGGAAAGACGUCGGUUUUCGAGGUCAGGGCUUCGAGUGAAGUCACCGAUUCCAGGCUCGGGCUUCCGAAUCCCGAAUCUCAGUGUCUGACCUGUGGAAGUAAUGACCGACGAACCUGUGAAGGUCAUUUCGGGGUUAUCAAUUUCGGGUAUUCUGUGAUUCAUCCGUAUUUCCUUUCGGAGAUUGUCAAGUUGCUAAACAAGGUCUGCCCGGGUUGUAAAUACAUACGGCUAGAGAAGCGGUUUAAGGGAACUGAUUCCGAACCCAGAGAACGUCCAAUAACGUGCAGAUAUUGUCGUGCAAAAACAUGGUAUCCUUCGGUGAAAUUCAGAGUCUCUUCGAAAGAAGUUUUCAGAAAGUCUGCAGUUAUAGUAGAAGUAUCCGAAAAAAGCAUGGAAAGACUCCGAGUUGGAGGGAAAACAUCUUUACCUCCCGAUUUUUGGGAUUUCCUGCCGAAAGACACGAACAUAGAUGAAAGCUGUCUAAAACCUACCCGUCGGGUUCUUACACAUGCUCAGGUUUAUUCUCUGAUAGGAGGAAUCGAUGAAAGGUUCGUUCGGAGGUUUAUUCCGAUGUUGAACUCUAUUCCCCUUAGAUCUUUCCCAGUUACACCAAAUGGUCACCGCGUUACAGAGCUGGUCCAUUCGUUCACUGGGAGUCGAUUAGUAUUCGAUGAACGGACACGGAUUUACAAGAAACUCGUGGAUUUCAAGGGCCAUGGACUCGAAUUGAGUUCUCGUGUGAUUGAAUGCUUGCAGUAUUCCAGGCUUUUCUCGGAAACUACGUCAUCGAGUCAAGAAUCCGCUAACCCUUUUGCGAAAAAGUCAGAUACCCCAAAGCUGUGCGGGUUGAGAUUCAUGAAGGACGUACUUCUCGGGAAAAGAAGCGAUCACACGUUCAGAACAGUAGUUGUCGGUGACCCGUGUUUGAAGCUCGACGAGAUUGGUAUCCCUUGCAGAAUUGCGGAGCGGUUGCUAGUUUCCGAGAACCUAAACAACUGGAACUGGGAACGGCUCGUGAAUUCUUGCGAUCUCCGUCUGCUAGAGAAAGGCGAAACAUAUAUAAAGAGAGGAGAGGAGAUGGUCACUAUCCGUAGCAUCGAGGAAUUACGAGCCGGGGAUAACAUUUUCCGGCCGUUAAUGAACGGCGAUAUCGUUAUGAUGAACCGGCCUCCUUCUAUCCACCAGCAUUCCCUUAUCGCCAUGUCGGCACGGCUUCUCCCGACAAGAUCCGUUAUCUCACUGAACCCUAUUUGUUGCCAUCCUUUUCGUGGGGAUUUUGACGGGGAUUGCCUUCAUGGGUAUGUUCCUCAGUCUGUUCAGACAAGGACCGAGCUGAACGAGCUAGUGGCUCUUGAUAAACAGCUUAUCAAUGGGCAGAAUGGUAGGAAUCUGCUGAUACUCGGGCAGGAUAGCUUGACGGCUGCGUAUUUGGUAAACGUCGAGAAAAAUCGUCUCUUGAAACGUUCUGAGAUUCAGCAACUGCGAAUGUAUUGCCCUUUCGAGAUGCCUCCACCUGCCAUGAUCAGAGCUUCUUUGCUCGACAACAAACCUCGAUGGACAGGAAUGCAGAUCUUCAGCAUGUUAUUUCCUCCCGGGUUUAACUUCGAAUUCCCCUCUAACGACGUCGUAGUUAGAAACGGGGACCUUUUAUCAUCUUCGGAAGGUUCAGCUUGGCUACGGGAUUGCGACGGGAAUUUUAUCCAGAAUCUGAUCGACUAUGACAAAAGCAAGGUUCUUGACAUUGUCUACUCGGCUCAAGAAAUGCUCUCAGAGUGGUUAUCGAUGCGUGGUCUGAGCGUUUCCUUGUCGGAUCUCUAUCUUUCAACGGACACGGAAUCUCGGAGAAACAUGUUGGAGGAGAUAAACUACGGCCUGCAAGAAGCCGAACAGGUCUGCAACUUUCAACAACUUACAGUAAAUUCGUGCCUCGAUCUCCUUGCUGGUAAUGACCAUGAAGAAGAAGAAGAAGAGGAGAAUGAUUUGGAACUCGAGCGGGGCAAAUUCUGCUAUGACAGACAGAGAUCGGCAAAGCUAAGCCAAGUUUCUGUCGAGGCGUUCAAGGGUGUUUUCAGGGAUAUCCAGACACUGGCUUACCGGUACGGAAACUCGCACAACUCAUUUCUGAUCAUGUCCAAAGCGGGCAGCAAAGGAAACAUCGGGAAACUCGUUCAGCACAGCAUGAGCCUCGGUCUUCAACAUUCAUUGGUUCCUCUGUCUUUCGGGUUCCCACCCGAACUCUCUUGCUCCGCCUGGAACAACGGAAACUCCCCUCUCGUCGGAACGAAAUUCACCAAAUCCUUCAUUCCUUUCGGAGUAGUCGAGAACUCGUUUCUUUCAGGUUUGAACCCGUUGGAAGCUUUCGUCCAUUCCGUGACGAGCCGAGACAGUUCGUUCAGCGACAAUGCCGAUCUUCCUGGGACACUUAGCAGAAGACUGAUGUUCUUUAUGCGGGACAUAUACGCAUCUUAUGAUGGGACAGUGAGAAACUCGUACGGGAACCAUCUCGUGCAGUUUUCUUACCAGGCAGAAUCUGUCCGCGAGGUAGCAGCCGGUGAUGCAGUCGGAUCUCUGUCCGGUUGCGCGAUUUCCGAGGCUGCGUAUAGUGCGCUCGACCAACCCAUCAGUCUUCUAGAAACUUCUCCUCUGCUCAAUCUUAAGAAUGUUUUGGAGUGUGGAUCAAAGAAAGGUAUUCGAGAACAGACAAUGUCACUGUAUUUGUCUGAAAUCCUUUCGAAGAAAAAGUACGGGUUUGAAUACGGAUCACUCGAAGUCAAGAACCACUUGGAGAAGCUGAUGUUCUCGGAGAUUGUUUCAACUGUCACGAUAAUAUUCUCCCCGCAAGCUGAUACAAAGAAUCCUUUGAGCCCGUGGGUGUGCCAUUUUCACGUAUCGAAGGAAUUAGCAAAGCGAAAGCUUCUGAAAGUGGAAUCCAUUGUCCAGGCAUUGUACAAGCAGUAUAUGACGAGGAAGAACGGACUGGAACUGGAUAUAGCUGAUCUGAAGAUAAGAAGCAAUAGCGACUGUUCAGACAAGAACUCGACGAAGAAUGACGGAUUCUGCAUCACGGUUACCAUUGUUGAGGUCUCGAAGAAGUCAUCUACGGAUCCGGAUUCUGUUCGUUGCAUGUUGAUUCCGUUUCUCCUCGACUCCGUUGUGAAAGGUUUCCGAGAGGUCAAGAAGGUAGAGAUCCUAUGGACGGAUCAACCGAAGGCACCGAAAAAAAACGGGAAUCCUUCGGGUGAGCUCUUUUUGAAGGUUACGAUGGAGGGCAAUGGAUGGAAUAAACUUUUGGAUAACUGUGUUCAGAUCAUUGAAUUGAUUGACUGGACCCGAAGUCAUCCCGAUAAUAUCCAUCAGUGCGGCUCUGCUUUCGGGAUUGGUGUCGGGUGGAGAGUUUUUCUUGCGAAUUUGGAAUCCGCCAUAUCUGAUACAGGUAAAACGAUAUUACCGCAACAUCUGAUCUUGGCAGCCGACGCUCUCUCUGUUAGCGGAGAGUUUGUAGGGUUAAACGCCAAAGGUUGGGCUAAACAAAGGCAGAUUUCGUCUGCUCCUUCGCCGUUCACGCAAGCAUGCUUUUCGAGCCCGAGCGACUGCUUUCUUAAGGCCGCCAAGGCAGGUGUUAAAGACGAGCUUCAAGGAUCGAUCGAUGCAUUGGCUUGGGGAAACGUUCCGUCUUUCGGAAACGGUAAUCAGUUUGAGAUAAUCUACUCGGAAAAGGAGCAUGGAUUUACAAAGCCUGUAGAUGUGUAUGAUCUUCUCAGCAGCACGGCUACACUCCCGAAGACAUACUCGACGCGUGCACCGAAUCCGAUGCCCAAGUCGGAUAAAUCCGGAUUGCGACAAUUGUACUCGCUCGAAUCCUCGAUCCCGAAAGCGAUGAAAACGUUAAGCGGAAAGGGCAUUUCCAAGUCGUACCUCAGGAGCAAGCUGACUUGGAACGAUAUCAUGAAGCUUUCCCGGGCGCUCGGGAAUAUACUUGGAAAGUACGAGAUUAAUGAUCGUUUGGGCGAAGCAGAUCAGAAAACGUUGAUGAUCGCGCUGUACUUUCACCCGAACAGGGAUGAGAAAAUCGGAGGAGGAGCUCAAGAAAUAAAAGUCGGAUACAGUUCCGAGCACAAAGAUACACGUUGCUUCAAGUUGAUUAGAAAAGACGGAUCCAUGGAGGAUUUCUCGUAUCACAAAUGUGUCCUCGGGGCGAUAGAGAUCAUCGCCCCAUCGAAAGUGAACCUCUACAAGGCCAAGAUGGCCUCGAGGCACAAAGGUGAUUUCAAAACCCUAAAACCCUAAAGAUCGGACCUUGGAGAAAUGUAAUGUAGCUGUUAGUGUUAGGGUGAAGCCUUUUGGGUUGCUCUAUAAGCUUCUUGUUGCUCCUUUUACUCUGUGAUUUCUUCGAGUCUCCAAAAGCUUUCCUUCAUUUGGGGAUUGAAAUCGAAACCCUAAAAAAGGGAGUCUUGCAUGAGAUUGCCAAAGGGAUUA